UUUAAAAGUAAUAAUAAUUAUGAAUAUUAUUUUAUUAAUAAGUUUAUACAAAGCAAGAAUUGUAAUUUUCUUGUAUUAUAUAAAAAUCUAAAUGAUUAAAAUUUAAUGUAAAUGCCUUAAAGAGCAAAUGGCUGUUUUAUUGUAGAUUUAUUAUUAAUAAAAAUCACUGUGAUUUAUUUCUCUUUUUGCAAUAAUGUAAUAGUACAUGUCCUAUAAUCUUAUUAUUUUCACUAGUUUUCAUUGCGCUUGAGUAGAGUUACGUAAAUAAAAGCAAAAGUAGAGAGUUUAGGUAAUCGACCAAUUGUUUCGAUCACACUGAUUGGAGCGCGUCACGGUUGGUAAAUUUUUCUAACAAAAGAAUAAAGAUUUAUGCUGGUAGGGAAUAUCUGUUAUUUAUCACGAGUCAAUAUAAAGGCAUUUCACGCAAAGACACGAUCAUUUGAUGAGAAAGUGAUGUAGAUUGUGGUUAUCCGAUUGGAACUGAGAAUACAAAUCUGUUCGCGCAGGUCAUAGAAAACGAUCAGUGGUCUUCGAAAAUGGCUUGCUGCAAGAUAUAUUUAACGCUAUCAGCUCUAAUUACUUGUCACGUAAGUGCAAAUUUUCAAUUCGAGAGUUUGAAAAGUUUGAGCUCAAAGGACACUUUGCGACCUUGGAAUAAGCAGUAUGAAGUUUAUGAGAGUGCUUCUUCUGACAGUCUGCCUUAUUAUAAUUUUUAUGGAUCAAGCAGAGAUCAACCUAUAGAUCGUUUUGGAAGCUCGUCUAGACUUUUCCCAAUUAAGAAAGAACCUCUCGAAGAGAAAAACUUGAAAAAGAUUCCAUUUUAUGCGUUUACUAAUAAAGAUACCACACGGUAUAAAGAAUUAACGCCUAAUUUUGGAAUUGCGCACUGUCAAGAGAUUAAGGUAAAAUCAAGCGGGAAAAAUGGUGAACCGAGAAGAGGCAUUACAACCUGUUACAAUUGCAAGGAUCCAAAAACCAAAUCCACAUAUGAACGUUGUUUAUAUAGUAGUCAUCCGGAAGAGAGUGCAUCUGCUAAUACAAAAAUGGAACGUUAUUUAUCUGCACCUUCAGGUUUCAGAUUCCGAAGGUCUAGUUUGGAAAGAAAUAAACAUAAUUAUGGAAGAUUACGGAAUCCUUACCGGUUUACUGAUGAGUAUUUCACUGAUGCAACCGAUGACGUACCAGCUGCAUACGAGAAUAAGGGAGAAAAAUGCGAGAAGAUUGUGAAAGACUCUAUGGUGUGCAUGGUGUGCAAAGACGCUAAAACUAAUGGCAAAUAUGAACAGUGCUCGUAUGUGAAGCAACCGCAUGAGAAAGCAUACUCCUAUGUCAAAAGCAGCUCGUUUGGAAAACCGCAGGAAAACGAUAGCGACGAACGUCCCGAGUUAACAUCACAUUCCAAAAUUUCCGAAGGGUCUAAUCGUCAAAAAAGUCGUAGUCCAACUACCGAAAAGUCUCAGGAUUAUUAUUAUCCUAAUGAAGAUUAUUCCGAGAAGGCUUCAACAGUGAACGAACAGGAUGAAGUACAGGAUACCCCUACGGCGGACUGUAAAGAGAUACAAAAGGAUUCCAAGAGCUGCACAGUGUGCAAGGACCAUAAGACUGGUGGUACUUACGAAAAAUGUACUUACAAUUAUCAACCCAGCGAUAAAUUAUAUAAAUAUAGUAGAUCGAAGAGCUUUGGAUAUCCGAAUAAGACACCGGAUUCUACUCAAGAUUUGAGUAAAGGUAAAAAACCGAAGAAUUUUGAUUAUCCGCAAAGUUCCGAGGCUACGCACGAUUAUCUAGAUAAAUCAGAAGACGUUGCUUAUCCACGGAGAUCCGACAAAGUCGUAGAAGCUCAACGAGUCCCGAAUGAUUCCGAUGGUACAUCUCACAGUUCACCCGACUACAGCAGCGAUUACUCCAAUUCCGAAAGUUCUACCGAUUACCAAUUUCCAUCACGUAGUAAUAACAAUCCUGAAUCUUACGAGGUCCAAGAGGCACCCACCUCAAAAUCUGUUUCGGAGCGUUACUCCAAAAAUAUCAGCGAGGACAAUUGUAAGACAGUUCAGAAGGAUUCGAUGACGUGCAAGAUUUGCAAGGAUCCGAAGACAGGCAAUGAUUUCGAGCAGUGUUCGUAUUCGUAUCAGCCCAGCGAUAAGCUCUUCUCGUACAGUAAAUCCAGUUCAUUCGGCAAUCCGCGAAACGACAAAUCCGAGGAAACGUCCCACGAAGACGAGUACUCAUCGGACAGCUCUGACGUUGCGAAGAAACCUUACGACGACGAAUACGACGCUCCGGGACAAGCUUACGAAGCUUCAACGGCGGACGAGGCAACGUCUGAAGAUGAUGCGAAUAAAAGGAGAGAAGGCGUGGACGUCGCAUACGUGGACACCGCGAAGAAGAAGGCCGAGAUCGAGGAGUUCAUGCAGAAUUUCCGGAAGGAGGACCGGUCGAAGUGUAAGAAGAUCAUGCGCGAUAAAAUGACUUGCUAUCAGUGCGUCGACGACGAUGGCUUUCAGAAGGAGGAGUGCGCCUUCGUCACCGGACAGGAGCCCGACAAGGAUCAGCUCGUGUUUCACGAAACGAAGGAAUUUCAGGUAGACGCCGCCGCGCCGCGUCCUCGUGGCGUUGAACUCUCGAGCUCGAAAAAGAAAACGACGCCGUCGGAGGCGUCUCUGGAGCCAAGCGCGUCCGCCAGCCGAAAUUCUUACGUUAGACUGGAGAAGCCGGACAAUGAUUAUCCGGACGAGGCGUCAUCGCAAGUGCACACGGCGGCGGAGGAGACGAAGGAGGCCGAACCGUACGAUUAUACAUCGGAAACGAGGGCGAAGUACGACAAGGUCCUUAGAUUAACUCUUCCGGCGUACAUGUUUAGCACCUCGGAACACGAAGCGGCAUUCGACGAGGUUGUAGCUUCUAGCCAUGAUCAACGCUAAAUUAGAAGGCUUUCUUGACACUUAUCGCUUCUUUUAUCAUUACGUACUUUUUAUCUUCACGUUAGAAACUUCUCGGAGUCAAUGCAUCAAUCUUUGAACAAUUAUCCGCAAAUGUUUAAAAAAAAUGUUGAAAGAACGAGAUUUUAAAAUAACAAAUUGCAAAUUAUAAUUUAUAUUUUUUAUCAAAAUUAUCCAAAUUAAUUAUUGUGAGUAUAUUAAGCAAAAUUAUUAUUAAUUAAGUACCAAGUACCCAUUUUGACCGAUAGCUUGUGACUUUCUUUUCUCUUAUGUCAGAUAUUUUCACAUUAAUUAAUUUUCACUUGAUAUUGUAGAUAUCUUUUUAUCACAUCAGAUUUGAUUAAAAUAUCUUCUUUUGUAUAAAAAUAUUAUAUAAUUAUAUCAAGAUGUUUUUAUUUGUUCAUUGCCUGGUUCAGUUUCUUAUUUUUUGUUUAGUGACAGGUGCAGUGACUCUAUGAAACAUUUUACUCAUGCGUUUCCAUUGUAUUUGAGAAUAUUAGUACUAUACCUUUGUUAUCUAAUUUAUAAUAUUUAGAGUUUGUUCGAACAUAUCUGAAUUGAUAUUUGUAAUUAAACAAGUUCUUGUUAAUGCAAUGUAUUUGUUUAGUUUACCGUAUUAUAACUUGCUGGGAUAUUGCAUUGUAAAGUACUAUUAAUGAAUUUAAUAUCGCGCAAUUGCCGUAAUAAUUUCUAUGAAACAUCUAAUAUAGUCUAUUGUAAUAAAUACUUGUAAAAGGACCUAAUAACGUUUGCGAAAUAUUUCAAAUUAAAAAACUUUAUGUUUAAAGU